AUGGCAGCGGCCGCCCAGGGGCCGAGCAGCGAAGGGGCUGCGGGCGGGCGGGCAGGCAGGCGGCCGCCCCACAGGACGCGGUGCCCGAGGCCCGAGAGAGACCCGAGAGGGAGCGCGAGGCUGCCGGCGCCGCGCGGCUGGAGCCUGGUCUGCGCUCGGGCCCGAGGGAGGCCGGACGGCGGCUGGGCGGCGGCGGGAAAGGAAGGCACCGCAGAAAUCGUAGCCGAGAAAGUGCUUCGUAACCGUUACUCAUCCCGCGGCGGGGCAGGGGCGGGGCGCGAAUGGGCUGCGGGACGCCGGCCCGCAAGUGACUGGCCCUCGGCCUGCGGCGGGCGUGGCGACGGGUGGUGCGCGGCGGGCGCGCGGGUCGAGAGAGCGUGGCGGCGCGGCCCGGAGCGCAGCGCGCGGCAGGGCUCCCCCUGGCGGUCAGAGGACAGCGCGAGGCAGACACCGCCUCCGCCUGGUGAGGUCUCGCGGCGUUCAGGUCGCGGCUCCGCCCACGGCCGCCCCGGGGUCGGCUUCCUACACGUCUCUUUAAAGGGCAGCCUGAGCGGCCACCGGGACUCGGAAAUGCUACGUCUAUUGAUUCACAUUACUUGCUGGCAGUGUGUGAAGUCAACGAACAAGACUGAGUCUUUGCCCUUGAGACGCGUACACUCUACCCAGAGACAAGUUCUAAGCACAGGAAACAAGUAAUUUUAUAAGAACAUCACAGGGCAGUUAUUCUCCAGGUGAAUUCGGAUUAAAGAGGACACUUGAGCCGGUGAGAUCACAGAAAGCUUUUAUCACCCACCCCUUUAGAGGUGGUCGAGAUUAUUUACCCCUAUUAAAUUUCACGUGUGGUGGUGGAGUCGGUAUAAACAUCAAAUUGAACAUGUAUUGAGCUUUCCUCAACAAUCUUUCACAUUCGUUGAAGUGAAUCAGAUUAUUAAAGUCAAAAUGAGAUUCUCA